CGAGAGCGGGGUCGCGGGUCGUGGGUGUGGGCUAUGGGCAAGGACUACUACCAGACGCUGGGCUUGGCCCGCGGUGCAUCAGACGAGGAGAUCAAACGGGCCUACCGCCGCCAGGCGCUGCGCUACCACCCGGACAAGAGCAAGGAGCCCGGCGCCGAGGAGAAGUUCAAGGAGAUCGCCGAGGCCUACGACGUGUUCAGCGACUCGCGCAAGCGCGAGAUCUUUGACCGCUACGGGGAGGAAGGCCUAAAGGGUGGCGGUCCCAGUGGCGGGAGCAGUGGCGGUGCUAAUGGGACCUCAUUCAGCUACACGUUCCAUGGAGACCCUCAUGCUAUGUUUGCUGAGUUCUUCUGUGGCCGAAAUCCCUUUGAUACUUUUUUUGGGCAGCGGAACUGGGAAGACAUGGACAUUGACGACCCGUUUUCUGGCUUCCCCAUGGGCAUGAGUGGCUUCACCAACAUGAACUUUGGCUGCUCCCGUCCCACCCAGGAACCCACCCGAAAGAAACAAGAUCCCUCUGUCACCCAUGACCUCAGAGUCUCACUGGAAGAAAUCUACAGUGGCUGUACCAAAAAAAUGAAGAUCUCUCACAAGCGGCUGAACCCCGACGGAAAGAGCAUCCGCAACGAAGACAAGAUCUUGACGAUCGAAGUGAAGAGGGGGUGGAAAGAAGGGACCAAAAUCACCUUCCCCAAGGAAGGAGACCAGACUUCCAGCAACAUUCCAGCUGACAUCGUCUUUGUUUUAAAGGACAAGCCCCACAAUAUCUUUAAGAGAGAUGGCUCUGACGUCGUGUACCCAGCCAGGGUCAGCCUCCGGGAGGCUCUGUGUGGCUGCACGGUGAAUGUCCCCACUCUGGACUGCAGGACCAUACCCGUCGUGUUCAAAGAUGUCAUCAGGCCUGGCAUGCGGCGGAAAGUUCCUGGAGAAGGCCUCCCCCUACAUACCCCAGUGAUGAAAGAUAAAACUGCAAUCAUUGCUAGAAACGUACUUUUAGGGCUCAUUGCUCUGUGCAUCAUCAGUUUCACCUGUCCCCAGUGGUGGGUGGUGGUGGUGGUGGGCGGCAACAAUAGUGACAUGUUUAAUAUGGAUGAGUUUGACCUCCUGGGAGUUGUCAUAUAUGUGCAUCCCUUUUUAAUACAGAUGCUGUUUGAUUUAUAUGGCAAACACAUAAAAUUUUGGAGAUUAGCAUUUUAA